AUGCGCUUCCAGUUCGGAUCCUCUGAGUUGUCUUUCCCCACAGCUCAUGACUGCCCCACCCUACCCGCCUUGACCAUGGAAUCUUCCUCAGUGACCGCCCUGUAUGGGCUGUUGAAAAAACAACUGUUGAAAAAACAAAAAUCGUAUGAGAGGCUCAUCGCACUGCUGGUCUCAGCCUUGUCAUUGAAGAUUGGAGUCGACGGUUUAACCCUAUCCGCGGCACGUCGAGAACUAAUAGGUCUUCUCCUACUGCCCUCUUUCGCUUUCUUGUACCAAUUUUCAACAUUUAGCAAUGCUAUUCCCUCAUCGUCCGUCCACCUUAGACACCUGGCGGGGCAAGUCACGGCAGUCGAGCCGAAUACUUUUGAUUCGUUGAUCGAAAGCCAUUCUUCGACUUUCAAAGCCGGCUGCAAGAAUUAUGAGAGAAAUCACGGACGAAAACCACCCGCACAUUUUGACAAUUAA